AUGUCGAUGGGGUUGGAGAUCGGUGGGGUGGCCUUGUCGGUGCUGGGAUGGUUGUGCAGCAUCAUCUGUUGCGCGUUGCCCAUGUGGAGGGUGACGGCCUUUAUCGGUAACAACAUCGUGACGGCUCAGAUCAUCUGGGAAGGGCUGUGGAUGAACUGCGUGGUGCAGAGCACGGGGCAGAUCCAGUGUAAGGUCUACGAUUCUCUGCUGGCCCUGCCCCAGGACCUGCAAGCCGCCCGAGCUCUCCUGGUGGUGGCCAUUGUCUUGGCCGUCCUAGGUCUACUGGUGGCCAUCGUGGGAGCCCAGUGUACCCGCUGCGUGGAGGAUGAGAGCACCAAAGCCAAGAUCA